AUGUGCUAUGGCAGUGCCAAGCCAAUUUUUAUGUCCGAUGCGCCUGGGUUCCUACAACGGCAACGUGCCAGAGCUGCCAAGCAUUUGGUCAGCGAGCACGCAGGAACCAUAACCUGCCGCUGUCAGAAGUGCAUCGCGGCAGCGGAGGCACGAACAGGACCCAGCAUCAGCAACGAGUGGCCCCUGCCACCGCUGAAGCACACAGACGAGGAUAGUGCUGGAUUCCUCACAACUGCAGUGCAGGCGCGUUCGCCGCCGGGCCGGGUGAAGGAUCAGAAAGCUGCCCGUCCUGAGGAAUCUACGGUCCAGCGUGACUUCACAUGGCUUUUGCGAGUGAUGUCAGAGAUGGCGCCCUCGGAGGGUGGAGGUUUGGCAGGAACCCUCAGCUAUGAUGGGAUCUGGACACCAGAUCCGCGGUCCCUGCAGGGGAAACUGGGAAUUCUGGUGCCUGAGACCGUCAUCUUGGAGAAAGGAAAGCCCAAGAGGCGUUACUUCCUCGACCCCGCUGGACGCAUCAGCGUUCUACGGAUGAAGACAAGUGCUGAACUGCUUCGAGUACUCCGUGAGUUCGUUCGCAGGGCAGCUGCGCAGCACCAAGAGAGGCAUGAGCGACGCAGCAGCCUUCGUCGCUCCUCUGGCACACGCUCGGAGCCAAGCCUAGCACGAGCACUGAGCCCUGCAGCAGAGAAAUCUGCAGAGACGCCCAGUGCACUGCGGCAGCUGGAGGUGGCACUGCUUCACUACAAUGAUGGUCUGUCGCGUCAGAUGAUGCUUGCAGAAGCUGUUAGCCAGAUCAGAGGGGCGAGCAAGCUGCCCAGGGAGUUCUGGCAGCGCAUGCGAAUGGUGCAAGUGCCCAUCCAAAGUGCACAUCCUAACAUUCCUGCCAGAUACAUCGCUUACAGCUUCGACAUCAACAGCGGUGGUUUGGAACCGCAGGAGCCCAUGCCCCUAGGCGGCGGGGCCAGGAUUGAGCUGCGUACCACGAGCAGAUAUGCUCAGCAGGCAGAGUCGGAGGUUGCUCGCAUGGCAGCAGUACCCAAGGCCCUCAACAACUUCUUGAGGUCCAAGGCCAGACGUGUGCGGAUGGAAAUCGUUAAAGGUCUCUUUGAGUUUGUGUUGGAUGAGGGCGAUGGCACCUUGUGGUUGGCCAACGCCAGCAAACUACGCUGCCGCUUCUUGCCUAGAGGUGCCAAUGAGGAUGGCACCAUGGACGUGCGUCCGCCGGAGGUCCUCUUUUUUGAGGAAGAGGAUUUCGAAGAGGAAAUGCGAGAAACGGAAAGUGUCAUCGAGUACCUGAAGAAGCGCUUCGGCGGUGAUCCUGGAGUGGCAAAGGGAGGUAGCGGCGUCCGAGGGAUUGAGCUGAGUCCCUCGGAUCAGCUCGCUGGUGUUCGGGUGCCAAGCAACCUGGUGCAGUUCUACGAGGAGGAGGAGAAGAUGUUGCGCUACUAUGAAGAUGAGGUUCGGAUUAUGGCGCUGCGACGUGAGCGGCUCCCACAGCACGAGAACAAGGCGGAUAUCAGCUCACUCGUUGGUGAGCAGAGAUGCACUCCGCCUAGGUUCCAUAAGCUUGAUUGUGUAUGCCUAAUGGAAUGCAUGGAAUGCUAA